AAUUUAGAGUACCAAGUCGGUUAAGAACUUAGCUGGUGGAAUCAUGUUAUUUUUGCAGAUCUAGAAAAGUGUUUACAUAAACUAGCCUGUAUAUAACUGUAGCAUAGUCUUGAUACAAAACAUAAACAAAACACUCAUUUUGAUAACUGUUUUGUGAAGAGAAUCAAAUAUUUACACUGUACUUUAUUCUUCUUUUCAAAACAAUAGAAAACUAGAAAGGGAAAUAAAAAGAAAAAGAUAUAUAUAAAAAAACGAAGCUACGUCAGGAAAUCUUGCUUGCAAUAGAAGUUUGGAAGUGAAAGACGUAAUUGGUGUGUAAAAAAAACAACGAUCAAUUCAAGAUGAAUGAAACAACCUUUUGCGCUCGACCGAAGUUGGAAAGACAAGCUAGUUAUGACGAUACAGAUUACCUAAACGAGUUUCGAGCCAACACAACGGAGACAGCUAGUAACAAGGAAUUUAUUCGACAGUUGGCUAACGAUUUUUUACGCAAUAAAAUUUAUGGACGAUCUGUGCAAGCAUGUUCAGUCUUAAGUAGCGAUACAACAGCCGAAACGGGAAAUAUUAUCGAAACUACGACGGUUACGGCUGACGAAUCUGCCGAAAAUAUUCAAACUUUAAGACCUUUUAUAAAAACUGCAAAAACUCUCCGAAAAGUGAGUAUGGAAAUGGAGAAAACGAAUAUAGAAUUUUUUGAUACAGUUUGCGAGAAUAUGCGUAUACGAGAAGAAAAUGCUGAACAAGCGUUUAAAAUCGUAUCAGAAGAGGUAUUGGAUAAGAAACCUUUAAACUGGGGAAGGGUCGUUAGUUUGUUUACGUUCGGUGGUAAGUUAGCUGAAUGGUUCUGGCAAACGAAUCAGGAAGACAAAAUAGACGAGAUAGAAGAUUGGUUAACUGACAGCCUGUCUGAUAAAGAAAGUUGGAUCGAAGAAAAUGGCGGCUGGGAGGGAUUCAAUAAGACCUUUCCAGUGGAACACAAACAGAACACGUACAACUGGAUCAAACCAAGUAUCCUCAUAUGUGCAGGCGUCUCCUUAGCUGCUGUACUUACUUUCAAAACAAUGGAGUAAAAAAUACAUAUGAAAACAGAUGCAAAAAAAUGAAAUAUCUAUUGAUUUCGCUUUACGCGGAAUUUAUCUUGCCCAUGGCGGCAUGAGAUAAUCACACGGUAGACGAAAUUAUCUCAAAUUGUAUAUAUCAUACACAAUGAACUAUUAUUUAACAAACAAAGUCAGUUUGGCCAGUAAAUAAAAUAUAUAUUAUAUAUGUAUAUAAAGAAAUGUAAAGAAUUAUAAAACUGUAAAAAUUGUACAUUUUGUACCAAGCCUUUUGUGAAGAGAGAUUUACUUUGUUUUGUUC